CAUAAAAGUAGCGUCAGAGUCACUGUUUCUACGUUCAUUUGUUGAUCCACUCCACAGUUUCUUCGGACUCUCUAAAACUCCAAAAAACUUUCACAAAUCCAAACACCAAACACAACCGUCACCUACGCAAUCGAAACCAAAUUUUCCUGUUCCUUUCUCAAUGUUUCAAUCCAUCCCUCAUAUCACUCUUCCAUUUUCUCUUUCUUGCUCCCACUUCUUUGUUUCUUGAUUCCAACUAUUCUUAUUUUCUUCUGUUUUCAUUUCGAACAACAAAAUUUGACAAUUCGAAUAGCCAUCGUGGAUUUCUUUCCCUUCUUUCUGAUAUUUUAAAUUAGGUUUCAAACGAGAUGGGUAGCCCUGAGAAGAAUGACAACAAGGGCUUUUUCGCCACCAUGACUUCCGGCUUCUCCAUCUUCAGCAAUGCUAUGCACCGAUCAGUAAACGGAAGAGAGAAUUGCCGUCCCAUGUACUUGUUCGUAGUUCCUAGCUCUCAUACCUGGACGUGGUACUGGAAAGACUUAUCGAGUAGUGUUCCAUCAAGGAUCUGCAGUGCAGUGCAAUUUUCAGCAGUUCUAUAUAUCAAUAUAUCAAGGAUGGGAGCUACUAGUAAUUUGUUGCUGGGGUAUGAAGGGGUAGAAGUCAUAAAUCCGGAGGGUGGUAAAGAGGAUGCAGAGGAGGAAGCCCAGAGAGGAAGAUGGAAACCUGAGGAAAGAGACAGUUACUGGAAGAUGAUGCACAAAUAUAUUGGCUCAGAUGUGACAUCAAUGGUAACGCUACCUGUUAUUAUUUUUGAACCAAUGACUAUGCUUCAGAAAAUGGCAGAGUUGAUGGAGUACUCCUACUUGUUAGAUCAGGCAGAUAAAUGUGAGGACCCAUACAUGAGGAUGGUGUAUGCAUCGUCAUGGGCUAUAUCGGUGUACUUUGCAUACCAACGAACCUGGAAGCCUUUUAACCCUAUCCUUGGAGAGACUUAUGAGAUGGUUAACCAUGGUGGAGUUUCAUUUCUUGCAGAACAGGUGAGUCACCAUCCCCCGAUGAGUGCUGGUCAUGCUGAGAAUGAACAUUUUACAUAUGAUGUGACUUCAAAGUUAAAGACUAAGUUUUUGGGAAAUUCUGUUGAUGUUUACCCCGUUGGAAGAACACGUGUAACCCUCAAGAAGGAUGGUGUAGUCAUAGAUUUGAUUCCCCCUCCAACCAAGGUUAAUAAUUUGAUAUUUGGACGAACAUGGAUUGAUUCACCUGGGGAGAUGAUAAUGACGAACUUGACAACAGGGGACAAAGUUGUACUCUACUUUCAACCAUGUGGAUGGUUUGGGGCUGGUCGCUAUGAAGUAGAUGGAUAUGUCUAUAACUCGGCCGAGGAGCCUAAAAUAUUGAUGACUGGGAAGUGGAAUGAGUCAAUGAGUUAUCAACCUUGUGAUUUGGAAGGAGAGCCUCUCCCGGACACAGAAUUGAAAGAGGUUUGGCAUGUUGCAGAUGUUCCAGCAAAUGAUCAAUUCGACUAUACAUACUUUGCGCAUAAAGUAAACAGCUUUGACACUGCUCCUAGAAAAUUGUUGCCAUCAGACUCCCGUUUACGACCGGAUAGAUUUGCACUUGAAAUGGGUGAUAUAUCCAAAUCAGGGGCAGAUAAAAGCAGUUUGGAAGAGAGGCAACGCGCCGAAAAGAAAAUCCGAGAAGCCAAAGAGCAUAAAUUUACACCAAGAUGGUUUGAUUUGACUGAAGAGGUCACAUCAACUCCAUGGGGUGAUUUGGAGAUAUACCAAUACAAUGGUAAAUACACUGAGCAUCGUACUGCUAUUGAUAACUCAGACACUAUUGAUCAUGUUGAUAAUAAAGAUAUUGAAUUUAAUCCAUGGCAGUAUGGUGAUUUGUCCAAAGAAUGAGUAGUUUCUAUGUGUGUUUUUGGUUUUCUAUGCCACGGUUAGAUCAUGUAACUUCAUUUAUUGAUUUAUAAGUGGAAGAAUUUUGUUUAUAGCUGCAGUUCAUCA